AUGCUCUGGCGACAGCUGCGCCUGCUGCUCUGGAAGAGCGUCUACCUGUACAAGCUGCGCCGAAACUGGACGAUCACGGCGCUGGAGGUGCUGACGCCGCUGCUGCUGACGCUCGUGCAAACGUAUCUGCACUGCAACCGCGACCAGCCCUCGUCGACGGGACAGUCCACUCCGGGCCCUCUGUCGCGUCUCCUGGUCGGCGACACGGAGGCCGAGGAAGUGGUCACACCGUCCUUCUACUUCCCCUCCACCAUCGCCUUCGUGCCGGCUCCAGCAGCAGCAGCAGGGAAUGUCUCCGGCGAACAAGUGCUGCGCCACGCGUUCCCGCGUGCGAAGCUCGAAGAGUUCGCUGACGAGCCUGCGAUGGUGGCCAACCUGAGUGCGCGCACCAACGCUUUGGGGCUGGCCAACAACUACGGCGUGGUGUUCGAGCAGGCCGAGCGAGGCGUGCUCAGCUACACGCUGCGCUUUCCUUCCUGGCAGGAAUUCUACACCCGACAGACGAUGCGGCCAGGAGGCGUCACCCUCCGGCCGCCAUUUUGGCUCUCGGGUAUUUUGCUACCGAUGAUGUCGAGGCUGAACAUGGCCGUUGCGCAGAUGGUGUCGCCCAUCGCGGGUGGCGCGCAGCUGCCGCCGGUCUACUUUCAGACGCGGCGGUUUCCGUCGCCGAAGGGCUUCGACAGCUCCAAAAGCGCACGCAAGAUCACGGACGUGAGCGUCAUCUACGGCUUCAUCGUCCUGGCACCCGUUGCCGUCAAGCGCAUUGCGGAGGAGAAGUCAGUCGGAAUGAAGGAGCUACUGCGCAUCGCUGGGAUCUCCGACGCGGUGUACUGGCUGUCCGCUUUCCUGAGCGGCAUGACGGUGAUGUCGCUGGAGACGCUGCUCAUCACCGUGUUCCUGAAACUUCCCAUCUUCUGCGAGCCGUCACUACUGCCUCAUAGUGAUUUCAGCCUUGUGCUGUUCAUGCUUCUGUUGUACGCUGUAUACUGCGACCUGUUCUGCCUGCUGAUAAGCUGCGUCGUCAAGACCCCGGUGUAUGCUGUGUUCGCCACCGUGUGCCUCUGGAUGCUGACGUACGAGGUGCCCAUCUUCUUCAUGGACGUGCCCGGUUCCGUCGAGUACGCGGACCUAUCGCUCGGCCAGAAAGUCGUCACAUCCAUAUUUCCUAAUAUGGCCCUGCACUGGAUUAUCCGCAUCAUCAGCGCGCACGAGGAAAACAACCAGGGGGCUCGCUGGAGCAACCUUAAUAUGACCGGCUCGUUGUAUGACAACAUAACCCUGACGGUGAUGAUGUGUGUCGUCCUGAGCUACUGCGUGUUCUACGCCAUCCUGGUCUGGUACCUGGACAACGUGUGGCCGUGGCAGUACGGCAUCCCCAAGGAGCCCUUCUUUUUCGCCAAAAUGAGCUACUGGUACCCCAAAGCGCCCAAAAAUUUGCAGCAUCAGAGGAAGGAUGCCACGGACGCUAGCAUUCCGCUUGAGAGCGUCGGAGACCGGGACAAUCCUGGCAUAGUGCUGGACAACGUCACGAAGAUAUACCAGAACAGAACUGUGGCCCUCCGUCGCGUCAGCCUCAAGGCGUACCCUGGCGAUGUCACCGUACUUCUAGGCCGCAACGGUGCGGGCAAGACGACUCUACUGCGGCUCAUUACGGGUCUCGAGCAGGCGUCCGCCGGCAGCGUCUACGUGGCCGGCCACAAUGUGGCGCUAAACACGGACGCGGCGCGCCGCUCCAUGGGCUUCUGUCCGCAGGAGAACAUCCUCUUCCUCGGCCUCACCGUCCUCGAGCACCUGCAGUUCUUCGCCAGGAUCCGUAGUGACAACUGGGUGACGACGAACAAGGCCAUCGAGGAGAUCCUCGUGGCGUUCAACCUAUCCGAGAAGCGCGACACCCUCGCCAGCUCGCUUUCUUGGGGCACGAGGCGAAAGCUUCAACUCGGUGUCGCCGUUGUCGGCAACCCUCAGAUCGUCGUGCUCGACGAACCGACGGCUGGUGCCGACCCCGAGUGCAAGGGGGCUCUGUGGGAGUGCGUCCUGCGGUUCCACGAGGACAAGACCAUGCUGCUGACCACACACAGUAUGGAGGAGGCCGACACGCUCGGAGACCGAAUCGCCGUAUUGGCCGCCGGCAGGUUACGCUGCUGUGGCUCCUCGCUCUUCCUGCGCAACACUUAUGGUACGGGAUACUGGAUCCGCGUGACUUUGGAAGAAGGCAUCGUCUCCGAUGAGCUUACUGAAUUGACCCGCAUCUUUCAAAAGCACGUACCCGAAGCCUGCAUUGAAGAUGGCGAAUAUAAGGCACCGCUUAAUUACCUUCAUCGUGGUGGAACGCAGAAUAUCAAUGUUGGAGACAUCCGCGCCGAUACCCUCAUCGAGCUGCUGAAGGAGCUGGAAGAAAUGCGGCAAGGGCGUUCGUUGCAAUGGCUGUCGGUCUACGUGGCAGCUCUCGAAGAUGUGUUGAGGCAGGUGGAGCAUGAUGCGGACCAUAUUAAGGCCUCACAGCAGCCGCAGCAGGCACCGAACGUUGAAGUAGUGCGACGAGAGCCGACGGUAGGCUGCCCUGCCACCGCAGUCGAGGCGAACUUUUCCUCGAGCGGCGAUGUGCGACCCCGCCUGAGACAGCAGCUGGCCGCACUGGUCACCAAGAAGCUGCAGUACAGUCGCCGCGACUUCAGGCUGCCCACGCUGAUGCUGCUCUUGCCGCUUUCGGUCCUGCUGCUGUUCGUCUUUAUCAACCAGACGCACAUAUCUCGGAAGCUCAGCUACUCCGGGCCCGUCGAGUACUCGCUGCUGAAAAUGUUCGGCCACACCGUCGCGUUUUACACCGCUGACGAGUCAACCAAAAGCGGACCUGCUAAGGAAUACGAAAAGUACCUAUCUCAGGAGCAAAGUGCCGAAGUGCGCGACCUUGGCAAAGACGAUCCAUACCCGUGGCUGCAGAACUUGGCGCUGAGCAACUACCGCCGAUACCGCUCGCAGUAUAUCAUCGGCGCUCAGUUCAGGUCCAUCAACAACCUGUCGGGCGUGCCAGAGAGCGCCAUCGUGCCGGGAAGCCAGAUAGAAGGCAACGAGACGGCUUUCGAGGUGACGGCGUGGCACAGCGGUUACUCGCCCCACUCGUCGGCCGUGUCCAUCGUUGCGGCGUCGCGAGCCUUCCUUCCCGGUUGGCGGCUGCGCGUGGUCAACCACCCGCUGCCCAAGGAGAAUCCGAGACCGGAGCCGGACCCCACCAUAGUGCUCGUAACGCGCUUGAUGUGCGCCGUCUUCGCGCCCGUCGGGCUGGCUUUCCUCGGCGCCACAUACGUCCUCUUCCCCGUACAGGAGCGCGUGCGCAACGUGAAGCUGCUCCAGCUGCAGUGCGGUGCCAGCUCAGCCGCGUUCUGGGGCUCGGCGUUCGCCGUUGACCUGGCGUUGCACGCGCUCUGCUCGAUGGUGCUCCUGAGCCCGUUUAUGAUGUUGGACAGACACCAGGUGUACUCGGACGCCUCCACAAUUGGUUCCCUCUAUGCCUUGAUGGUGAGCUACGGAUGCGCGUCGAUUCCUCUCGCGUACGUCGUCUCGCUGAUCUGCGACCAACCGUCGACGGGAUACGUGACUAUCGCAAGCAUCAGCAUUGUCGCGGGCAUGAUUCUGAACGUGAGCAUGUCGCUGCUAUAUUUACUGCCGGCACUGCUGGAGCCAACGAACAACGAAACGAGGGACACUACGGGACUAGACACAGCCCUGUGGGUCUUCAGAGGUAUACCCAGCUUCUCCCUCGCCUGGGGCAUCUCUAACUGCCUCCAAAUUUCGCAAGAAAGUGUUAUGUGUCGCUACAUGUCAACUUUUGACCGUCUCCUCUUCUGCCAGGACUUCGGCCUUGAUAAAAUUCCGGAUCAUCUAAAUCGGUUCAUUGAGUGCUGUCCGGAGAAGUGCCACGACUGCAUCAUGUCCAAGGGCUGCCUCACGUGGGACAAAAUGAGCGCCGGCCGCGACGUCUGCCUCAUGCUGCUGGUGGGCGUGGCCUUCCUCUCGCUCGUCACGCUCAUCGACUCCGGCCUCGUGGGGAGCCUCGCUACGCGCAUGCGGGCUCGCCAAGCCGCGGUCGCGGCCGGGGUUGGGGAGCACCGCAGCGUCCAGGAAGAGCGCGAUCGCGUCGAACAGAUCGUCGCCCAAGGACGCCGCACGGAGACGAAUGGCCCCCUUGCGACAAAGGUGGUCUUGUGCGUGGACAAGCUGCGAAAGAGCUACCGCAGCGUCGAGGCCGUGAGCGGCCUCUCGUUCACGCUGAACAGCCACGAGUGCUUCGGCCUUCUCGGCAUGAACGGCGCCGGCAAGACGACCACGUUCCGCAUGCUGGCCGGAGACUUGGUUCCCACGGCGGGCAACGCCUACAUCGGCGACGCAGAUCUUGCCACCAGCAGGAGAAAGCACACGAGUAGUUACGACUCUAUUGGUGACGACGGUGUACAUUACAAACUGCGACUGUCCGUGUUCCUGCUUAACACGACGCGUGGCGCCGCGUCGUCUGCGCAGUACCAGGCGCGGAUCGGCUACUGCCCGCAGACGGACGUGGCCCUCGACCUGCUGACUGGGCGGGAGAUGCUGGCGCUCUACGGCCGACUCCGCGGCAUCCGCGAAUGCGACCUGGCUGCGGUCAUCGACCGAACGCUGCAGUUCGUCGACAUGAUGAAGCACGCUGACGUCACCACUGGGAAAUACAGCGGUGGCACGCGUCGCAAGCUGUCCCUUGCCGUGGCGUUCGUGGGCAACCCGAGCGUGGUGCUGCUGGACGAGCCAACGGCCGCCGUCGACCCGCAGGCGCGCAGGCGCAUCUGGAACAUACUCGCGGCCGUCAAGCGGAACCUCGACCUCUCGAUACUGCUCACCUCGCACUGCAUGCGGGAAUGCGAGACCCUCUGCUCUCGCGUGGCCAUUCUGCGCCAGGGACGCUUCGCGUGCCUCGGCUCCACGCAACAGCUCAAGGAGGACAUCGGCCGCGGAGCCACGAUUCUGGCGCGUUGCGCGCCACAGGAUGCAGGCUCCGUGUGCACAUCGCUGGAGAAGCGCUUCCCGGGCGCGCAGCUUCGGCGGCGCCACCAGCGCGGGGCCCUGCUUCGCUUCCACGUGAUGGCGCAGAUGUGGCACAAGCUAUUCGCUGGCAUGGAGGAGCUGCGUGCCGAAGGCCUCGUUUCCGAGUACGUGGUCAGCGACGUCAGCCUAACCGAAGUGUUCCUGCACUUCGCCCGACGAGAGGACAAGGGCAUUUCCAGUCGUGCGACGGUGUCUCCGAGCGAGGCGUCCCGUUAGACCUCGCCGCUCGCCGCUACAGCUUCGCUAUUUGUUCUCGCCCAAUAAACUCAG